CCAGUAUUUGUAAUAGAGGGGCAUUUUCGUAAUUUCGAUGACCUUUCCGAGAGCGGCAAAAAACGUGUCGAGCUCCUCCUCCUCCUCCAUUCUAGGGUUUUGUUUCCUCGUCGUCAACUAAGAGAAGAAAACAAAGCUUCGGCUCGCGAUUUAAAACCCUCUUCGAGAAGUAGAAGCUCUUUGAUUAUUUAUCCCUGAUGUCAAUGGAGGAGGAUGCAAAUGGGAAGAAAGAGGAAGAGGAAUUCAACACCGGCCCGCUGUCAGUUUUAAUGAUGAGCGUCAAAAAUAAUACACAGGUGUUGAUUAACUGUCGGAACAACAAGAAGCUACUUGGUCGUGUGAGGGCCUUUGAUCGUCACUGUAACAUGGUUCUCGAGAAUGUCAGGGAGAUGUGGACGGAGAUACCAAAAACAGGUAAAGGCAAGAAGAAGGCGCUGCCCGUGAACAAGGACCGAUUCAUCAGCAAGAUGUUCCUCCGCGGGGAUUCUGUUAUAAUUGUUCUGAGGAACCCUAAAUGAGUCGAUGCGUUCGCUGAACCUGAAUAUAAGAGACCUAGUGAUAUGUAGUAUCUAACAUGUCUACAGUAAAUGUUUAAUUAGGGGGAGAAAAACCUUAGGAGCUUGGUUGCUUUUGCUAUCAUUUCAUGUAUUAACUGUAGCUUUUGGUUACUGUUUGCUAAAUUUACUCAUGGAAAAUUGCACUGAUGGUUCUUCUAAUUGGUGUGGUGGUUUAUUGAUUCUAGUUAA